AGCAAUCAGCUUACAGGUUGCAUCUCUUUCUCCUCUCUAUGGAAAUCCAUGAAGUGGAUCAUGGUCUUAUCCGCCAGUUGCUUGCAGAUUCAGAGGAGACUCUUGGUGCAUGUACUGAGAAAAUGCAGGCCCCCGCUCCAUAUAACUGGAGUGCUGACUGGAGCUUUUGGAUCUCAAGUUCAACUUAUAAAUAUAGGAGUGAGGAGUUUAAGAGACAGUUUUCACAUCUGCCAGAUUUGGAGAGGCUCAUAGUAGAUUAUGCCUGUGCCCUCCAGAAGGAUAUUCUGCUGCAGGGACGCCUAUACCUCUCUGAAAACUGGCUCUGUUUCCACAGCAACAUCUUCCGAUGGGAGACCACAAUUUCUAUUGCCUUGAAGGAUAUAACCUUCAUGACAAAGGAGAAGACUGCGCGGCUCAUCCCAAAUGCCAUCCAAAUUGUAACAGAAGGGGAGAAGUUUUUCUUCACAUCCUUCAGUGCUAGAGAUAGAAGCUACCUCAAUAUCUUCCGCUUAUGGCAGAAUGCACUUCUGGACAAGAGACUGACCAAACACGAGUUCUGGCAACUGGUACAACAGAGCUAUGGCUCUGAGCUGGGCCUGAACAGUGAGGAGAUGGAAAGCUUUUACUCCUCCUCUGAAGACAAUGGACAAUCUAGAUCCAGCAUUUGUGAUGAUUCUGGAGACAGAGAUGAAAAAUUACCCAAAGCAAUCCGUGAAAUUCAUGAACCCAUCAUUCAGAUAGUAGAGGCAGAGCCAUUCCAUGGAAACACACUGCCAGGAGGGUCUGAGCAGGAGGAAUCCCAAAAUGAGAAACAGAACAAGAGGAGCCCUCUGUUGCCUUCAGAAAAUAAACCAGUUAAGCUAGAGAGAUGCAGGCUCCUAGCACAGUCCCUGGAGCCGAUCGAGAAUGAGAAUCUUCUGGAGAAGAGCAGUGCCUCAGAUACCGAGGAAGAAGGUAAAUAG